AUGUCCAAGUACAAGGACAAGGAGACCGGCGCGCUCGUGUCCUUCAAUGCUAUAUGGGUGUCGUGGAUCCAUACCGUCCUCGCAUACUCCGCCUUCCUGAGCGCCCUGACUAUCGGCAUCUACCUCCAUUACCACAAGAUCGUCCAGAAUGAGCACUAUGGCUUCCCAGACGAAUGGUUCCCCUCCGUAUCCGCCACUAUUGGUGAUCGAUAUCCCGAGCGAUCCUUCUUCAUGUUCUUCAUAGCUAUAACUUCCGGUAUGCUACCCCGGCGCGAACAUCCGGAGCCGCCGGUCGAGGCUCAGGCGAACCUGGCCGUCUCGAGCCACGGUCCACGAUUCGCUCUCGUUGCGCUUUGGUAUAUCCUGACAGCGAAGCGAGGCAGUGCUCUCCCCAAGUUCGUCGCGGCAACGGGGCUAUUCCGAACCCUUACUUGUGGAGGUUGGGCCUAUAUCACCUCAACCGACGAUCACGAUUGGCAUGACAUCUUCAUGAUUUCCUAUCUCGUCGCCACCCUCCCUUGGACCGCGGGUUGUCUCGCAUUGAGCCCACCGAACGCAAAGGCCAUCAAAUAUCGAAAGUACCUCGCUGCCGCUUUCUUCGGCACAAUCCCCCCUCUGGUCUACUACUUCAUACAGCACAAGGUCUACCGUGUGCCAGGAGCAUACUCCACCUAUGCCCUCCUCGAAUGGUCUCUAAUUCUUUACGAUGUUGCUUUUGAUGCCGUCACUGCUCUCGAUUUUGACACUUUCGAGAUUGUCAUCAAGGAUGUAAAGGGUCUCAGCAACGGUCCCUCAACUAUGGCCUAUGAAGGGGCCAGUUUCAGUCCGAGCGAGUAUGGCAUUGGGAAUGGGGUAGCAUCACGACCAGCCCUAAAUCUCGAGAAAGAAAGGGAGAAGGCAGUGGCAGGUGUGUUCGAUGCCAAGUUCUCUUGGGCUGAGGUCUUGGACACUGCUGCUGAGGUAUAUCUCGGCUUUGUCUUCUGGUCUAUGCUGACAAGCUUGGGUGUGGUUAUCUGGUACUUCCCAUUGUGGCACAUGGGUAUCUCGGGUUAUGAGGCCUUCGUCAUGUCGACGAUAUCGCCUUUGCUGUUGGGUAUCAAGCCGAUACGCUCGUUGGUCAUACAUAACCUGCGAGCCUGCCACUUCCUAUCACUCGCAGGACUUGUUGCCUGGCAGGUCAAAGACCCAGCCUAUCGACUUUUCACGGUGGGCUUUGGCGUGGCGAUGGCUUGUCUCUCGUGGGCCGCUACCCUGUUCUCUGAAUCUGUACACAAAGCCCGGCUCGAAUCCAAAGUGUUGGCUUGGACAGUUGGCCUUGUCAUGUCCUCGGCUAUCAAGUUCGCCUGGUGGACGAACAACCCCAUCUGGCCCAUUAUGACGGAUGCCAACGGCGGUCACAAUGGUACUGGGCUAGCACUGGCUCUGUUGGCUGUACUGCGGUUUACCAGAAAGGCGCCACUGAAUACUGGAGCAUUCGCAGAAGAUAGGCAGACGGGCACUUCCCUUCUAUCUGCUUUGGGCAUUGGUGGCUUGUUCUUCGGUCUACACUCUCUUCUUUCUGACACCAGUACGAUGAUACUCUGGGUGUGGGAAGGCUAUCCCGUGCGCGGCCCCCUCGCUGUAACCCAUGGGUGGUUCACAAUCGCGGCAAUGACUGCUGGUCUGUUGACAGGUAUACGGCAACCAAGGCUGGUGAGCACAUGGACUGUCUAUGGCGUGGGGUGCGUUGGAGCAGCCGUCCUGACUUCGUACGCCAACUGGUUCGGCUACUACGGAGGUCUGGUCACAGCUUUCUAUCUAACAGCCAUCGCAACUCCCAUGCUCACUGUGGCUUCUAAGAAGAGCCCAGCGAUCACCUAUGGCCUUGGAUUCUUCGUCUACAACAUUCUGGUCCUCUUCCACGUUUGGGUCGUUGCGUACGCCUUCGUCCCUGGGGGUCCUCUUGUCCGGGAGCACACUGAGUGGAUCAUGAUCGCCAUGAUGCUUACGCUUGGAGCUGGAGUGUUCAAUCUGACUUCAAUGAACGCUCGCCGUCCCGAAUCCCACAAGCCAGCAUCACUAUCGCGACAUCGGAAGUAUCACACUCUAGCCCUGGGUGCUGUAAACGUCUUUUUCCUAGCUGCAGCAUACAUGCGCUUCCCAGUUAAUGACUACAAGCCUUACCACGCGGACUCGAGGGUUUUGACAGCCGGUAUCUGGACAAUCCACUUUUCCCUCGACAACGACAUGUGGUCUUCGGAAUAUCGCAUUCGCGAUCUGAUCAAGGAACUCGAGAUCGACGUCAUCGGCCUCCUCGAAACAGACCUCCAGCGCAUCAUUAUGGGCAACCGAGACACGACGCAGUUCCUUGCCGAGGACUUGGGUAUGUACGUCGACUACGGCCCGGGCCCAAACAAGCACACGUGGGGUGCGGCUUUGCUGUCCAAGUUCCCGAUCAUGAACUCAACACAUCACCUGCUGCCAUCGCCCGUAGGCGAGCUUGCCCCCGCCAUCCACGCCACUCUCGAUGUGUACGGCGAGCUAGUGGAUGUCUUCGUCUUUCAUUCCGGCCAAGAAGAGGACGAGGAAGAUCGUCGUCUCCAGGCCGAAUACCUCUCCCGGCUGAUGGGUGCGUCGCCGCGGCCGUCGAUCCUGCUUGCCUAUCUCGUCACCAAGCCGCUUCAAGGCAACUACAACACCUACGCCUCCAAGCUCUCGGGUAUGCACGACGUCGAUGCCAGCGACUGGGAUCGUUGGUGUGAGUAUAUAUUGUACAAACAGCUGCAGCGCGUGGGCUAUGCACGAGUUUCUCGGAGUACCAUUACAGACACCGAGCUCCAAGUUGCCAAGUUUGUCGUACCACGUAGUGACGAAGAGAAGGCGGAGGUGGCGGUUGUAAAUGGUAACUUUGGAAAAAGGAACCGCCGAGUUAAUGAGCACGAAGUUCUCGAGGGCUGGAGGUUCCCUGGGCUGUUCAAGGGCCAGGGCGUCCGGGGUCACCGGUAUCACGUGUGGAGUGAGCCGAUAUAUUACAAGCCUUCGUGA